AUGGCCACCCCACUGGUGGCGUCGGCCGGCUACGCGGGCGCGGCGUACUUUUACAACCUGGGCCGAUACAAGUUCGAUGCCGAGCAGCGCCAGGAUUGCAUGUACCAGAUUCAGAACAUGAGACUGGCCCAGUGGGGCCUCUUCCGGGAGGAUGUGAGGGACCUCUUCGCAUUGUCCACCGCCAACAUGGACAACUACAUUUUGGUGGGUGCGCUCAUCGUGACGGCGGUGAUGAACUUCGUCUUCGUGGGCUAUCCAGCCUUUCCUCUGGAGCCGAGGUGGCUGCUGCUUCUCUGGAACAACUGCGUCUUCGCGUGCAUCACCUUCGGCAUGGUGAGCGUCUGGCUGGCCAUGCACGGCUCCAUCGCGCAGCGCUCGGCGCGGGUGAAGAUCCUCACACAGGCGGUGCGGCCGCCGGUGCCCAGCCUGCGGGACGUCCAGGAGGGGAUGCGGGCGCAGGAGUCCUUUGAAGGCGGCGGGGCGCGGCGCUUCUUCGAGCCCCCGGCGUUCUUGGUGCCCUUCGCCGAGCCCCGGGACGAGGUGCCGAAGCCCAGCGGCGCCGCGUCGGUGCAGCGCACGGUGACUGCCCCGGUGCAGCGAAAGCCGCGGGCCAAGGGCAAGCCCAAGACGGAAGCGGUGGACUGGCUGACGGACGCCCCCUGCGCGAAUGAGGAGGUGCUCCAGCAUCUGGAGACGGCGGAUAACGGCGGCCCGGGCCGCAGCGCGGUGAUGCAUUCCCACUUUUGGAUGCUCAGGCGCGUGCAGCGGGGCUAUGCCUGCUUCGACGCCUAUGCGCGCAUUUGUCUGGUGGUGGCUGCGCAGAUGAACAUGCUGCUGGUUUGCGCCUACUACUCCUUGGGUCACUUCAUGUCCAAGAUGGACGUCUGGCCCACGCGGGCCCAGAACCCUCCGGCGGCCUGGCUGGCGCUGGCGGCCUCGGCCUUCGCCUCCACCACGUUGUACAAGCUCGACUUGUUCUGCGGUAAGCGCUUCCGGACCCUGAUCCACUUCACGCUCUUGACCCCACCCGCCCUGGCAGGCAUGGCCAUCCACCUGGCGGCGGCGCGGACGAACCACGGCAAGGGGGGGGUGCGGCCCUGCGACCAGGUGGUGCCCGCCUGGCUGCCGUGGAUCCUGGCCAUCUUGACCUGCCUGGGCCACGCCUGCUGGGUGGUGCUGAUCCGAAAAGUGGCCAAGCCCCUGCUGGAGAGCUCGGGGCUGCCGCUGUCGUUUCGGUCCACCAUCUACCUGGACGUCUUCGGCUGGCACUCCCGGCACUUCUCCGCCUCCGCGGUGAAGAACGCGGUGAACGUGGCGCAGUGGGAGAGCCCCGAGCGCGUGCUGUAUGAGGCUAUGGAGAAGAAGCCUGACCACAAGUGCGUGGUGGCCACCCACAAGGAGGCGAGCCGGAUCUCCAAGGCGCUGCAGCAGCUGCUGCGCCCGGAGAACGUGACGCACCUCACCCAGGAGGAGCUGGAGGACCUGCAGCAGCUGAAGUUCACCAUGGAGGAGUACGUGCAGGAUCUGGAGACCCAGAUGUCAAUGCCACAUCGGGAAACUGCUGCGAGCGAUGCGCCCGCGUGGUUCCAGAGCACUUGCGUGGAGGGCGCCAGCGAGGAGUUGUACUGGGUGGACUGCCGCUCGGCCCAGGUGGCCUGGAACAUGCCCGAGGUGGGGCAGAUCAUCGACCUGGUGAGGCUGAACUCCUCCCUGGAGGAGCUUCAGGCGCGGCUCGACAACUCUCCGAAGAGCGGGUUCCAGGCGGCGGCGGUGGCCGCGGACGCGCUGCCCUUCGAGCUGAUGCCGGAGAACCCGGACACGGAGCAGCUCGGAGUCGUCAAGAUGUGUUUGCAGUGGGUGGUCCUGAAUCUGCAAGGGUUUGUGGUGAUGCUGGUGAUGCUGGUGAUGCGGAUCAGCAGCAGCCAGCUGCCGUGGAAGAUCGUGCAACUGACGUGCCUGGCGCAGCUGGGAGUUUGGCUCUUCACGGUGGCGGUGAUCCUGUUAGACCCCAAGCGCCAUGGCUUCGGGAGGUACUACGACUCGGCGGUGGCGCCGCGGGAGAUGUACAACCGCCUGGCGCUGCAGACGGUGCAGACGGAUUGGCCCCACGAGUACUUCCGCCCAUCAGCGCUGGCGUGCUCCAACUUCACCGAGGACAGCCGCCUGAUGCUGGGGGAUCAGUUCGCCAUCUACGGCGCGGACCUCGACUUGAUCGGGCUCCACGACGUGGAGGACUCCAUACAGGAGCGCCAGGAGCGUCCAGUCGCGCAGGUCGUGAAUCGUUUUGUCCGUCGCGCUUGGGGUGCGGCGGGCGGCCUGCACAGCCCGGUGGGCAGGGAGGAGAUCCUGAGCACCAAGCCCCUGCGCACCAUCACCCUGGAGCCUCAGAUCCUCACCACGGACCUGAACAUGGCCUGGAAGAGCUUCGGGUUUCUGCAGAAGAAGGGCAAGGUCUUGCUGCUCUCCCAGGACGGCACCUUCGUGGCGGAGCACUCCUUGCGGAGCCACAAGUACGUGAAGACCUGGGCCUUGAGCCGCACGCUGCCCCACAAGCGCCUGGAGGCCAUCCAGGCGGUGGAGGGCGCGGAGGCGGCCGAGUGCAGCUCCGGGGGCGCGGGCUUCGUGGACCACGGCUGGCUGCUCUUCGCGGCCACGGACUCCGGGCAGGUGGUGACCUUGUGCCCCACCUUCCGCGGGGAGCUGCACCCACUGCACAUGGUCAUCUCCCUGAGGCGCCGGAAGGCAGCCAAGGAGGUGACGGAAGUGGUGGACUCCCACACCGGCACCGCCAAGGCCUCCAGCCAGAAGAUCAUCGCCAUGGCCCGGGACAGCCGGGGCUUCUUCUGGCUGCUGGAGACCCACACGGAGGGCCAUGCAGAGGUGCGCGCGCUAGACCUGGACAAGGGCUCCGAGGUGGGGCGCUGGGUGCUGCCCUCGGGACGGUGGUGGGUGCCGGGCAUGUGCCAGCUGGCGGAGGGCCAGGGCUUUCUGCUGGCCGCCGCGGCGGAUACCAACCGCGGGGGGCAGGUGGGCGGCCCCGAGAUCUGGCGUCUGGUGCCCUCGUGA